AUAGUUGAUUAUGUGAGUUUUGUUUUUUAUCAAUCACUGAUGAUUAACUAGUCAUGUAUUCUUGUAAAAGGUCAUUCAAAGCCAUUAUACUGGAGUCUGAAAAGUGUACAGAGGCAGGCAGUGCAUCCGUUUGCGAGCAUUGCUGUUGCAAUCACCUCAAAUUGAGUCAAAAUUGCACAGACUCGUGGACACAUGUGGAGCCUGUGGUGAAUGGUCUGCCAUUGCAGGUGUGCUCUGUUGACCUCAUCAAAUCCAGGACAGGACAAAAUCGACGAGAGCAUCACACGGAUCGUUAUCUUAGCGAUCACCUCAUCAUCCGUAGAGGACAAUGUUUUGAGAUGUGGAUUGAGCUGUCCCGACCCUUUAACCCUAACUGUGACCAACUUCAUCUGGAGCUGAGACUAUGUAACAUCCCUUCAAUGUGGAACGAGACACUCACGAUUGUUCCAUUAGUGAGCGAAUUCAAGAAAGACUGCUGGGAAGCCAGGAUUGUUGAACAAAUGCAAAACCGAAUCAAGCUGUGUGUUUACUCUCAGUCAACAGCUUCUAUUGGACGAUACAAACUCACUGUCAUAACCAACUGCUCAGGAGGAAAGGGCACUUCAUCAGACACUCCUGAAAAUGAUAUUUACAUGCUGUUCAACCCGUGGUGUAAAGAUGACUGUGUGUACCUGAAUGAUGAGGCGGAGAGAGUUGAGUAUGUGCUGAAUGACAUGGGCAGAAUCUACUAUGGAACUAAGCAGCAGAUUGGUUGCAGAACAUGGAACUUUGGUCAAUUUGAUGAAGGAGUCUUGGCUGCAUGUUUCUUUGUGUUGGAGAAGAGCGGUGGACCUUGCUCAGGAUGGGGAGACCCUGUUAAUGUGGUCAGAGUAGUAUCUGCAAUAAUUAAUGCCAAUGACAACAGAGGCGUGAUGAUGGGUAGCUGGUCAAAUACCUACACAGAUGGAACUUCUCCUACAUCCUGGUGCGGCAGCAGCGCCAUCCUAAAUCAGUACCACAAAAGUGGAGGAAAACCUGUCAAAUAUGGACAGUGUUGGGUCUUCGCUGGAGUCACCAACACAAUUUUGAGAUGUUUGGGCAUUCCCACUCGUCCGGUCUCAAACUUCAAUUCUGCUCAUGACACUGAUGUUUCAUUGACAGCUGAUGUUUAUUUAGAUGAGAAAUUUGAGCCAAUUGAACAUCCAAACCGUUAUUCGGUCUGGAACUACCAUGUGUGGAAUGAGGCCUGGAUGGCUCGUCCAGACCUGCCUUCUGGUUUUGGAGGUUGGCAGGUGGUUGAUUCCACUCCUCAGCUGAGCGGCCAGGACAUCUUUCGCUGUGGCCCCACCUCAGUUGCUGCGAUCCGCAGUGGACAGGUUCAACAUGAUGCACCCUUCUUUUUGCUGGAGUACGUGAACAGCGAUAAAGUCUACUGGCAGCGUAAUGCUAAUGAAAACUUCGCUGUGAUUCGGGUUGACAAGAACGCUGUCGGUCACUGCAUCAGCACCAAAGCUGUUGGCUCAGAUCAACGUGUAGAUAUCACACACCUCUACAAACACCCAGAAGGUUCGGAUGCGGCACGAAUUGCUGAAGAAACAGCCUGUCGCCAUGGCUCCAAACGCUCCAUAUACUCAUUGUCCUACAGCGAGGAUGUGAUCAUUGAAGUCAACAUGCAGGGUGAUGGACCAUGUGUCGGUCAGGAUGCUGUGCUUUCCAUCAUUCUGAAGAACAAGUGCAUGUCUCCUCGAAGCUUCACUCUUUACAGCCAGGUGGCAGCCAUGUACUACACCGGAGCCCACAAGGCCAUAGUGAAAAAGGACCAGAGACUCAUUGAGCUAAAUUCGUAUGAGGUCCAGAUUCUGGAGUGGACCUUGCGGUAUGAGGACUAUAAGGACCACCUGGUCGAUCAAGCAGCGUUGAUGCUUACACUUUCUGGAUGGGUCUCAGAGACAACACAGAUACUGACCACCCAGUUCAACUUCAGAUUGCGCACACCAGAUCUCAUUAUCAUUCCUGUAUGUGGUGGUGUAGUGGGCAAAGAGAUGACAUUCAAAAUCAAAUUCCAGAACCCACUGCGCUGUGUGCUGAAGAACGUAGUUUUCCAUUUUGAAGGAAUGGGAUUGCAGCAUGUCAGAACAAUUAACUAUGGUGACAUUCCAAGUCUGGCCACAGUGAAACUGACGGAAACCUUUAUUCCCAAAUCUCACGGGCCACAUAAACUUCUGGCAUCCCUUGACUGUCCUCAGCUCACUCAAGUGCAUGGAUUCGCCAAUGUUGUUGUUAGUGAAAUGAUUUAUGGUUAAACAGAGAUGGAUUGUGUAAAUUUGCUAGAGUGCACAUGGAACCAUAAGGCUUAUGGUUAGAGGCUGUUUAUAUAUGAAAUUGCAUUUUGUGUCUCAUACAUUCUGUUAAUUUUGAGGGACCUAAAGUUUAUUUAUGGUUUACAAUAAAAGUAACAAAAUGUAUUACAUAUUCUUCAUUUAAUUUACUUGAAUGGCACACUUUAUCACAAGUCAGAUUAUUAAGAUGUAUGUGUAACUUCAUAUUUUAUAAGAAUAUUUGUAUCAACUUAAUUUAUAAUUUGAAAAACCAGUACUUCUAUAACGCUUUGACUAUGAUAUGGUGUUCUUUACUAAGCACAGAUAAUAAACCCUAAAACAACAUUAGAAACCUGUUCACCUGAUGGAAAAUGCAAAAUUUGGUUGCAGAAGUUCCAAGCAUGAACUUUAUUACUACUACAUUUUCAUUUGAAUAAAUGUGUAAUAAUUACUGUGUUUAUUAUAACUGAAUACUGAAAUUCAGAUUCAAGAUGCUAUAUGUCUGAAACUGUGUGAUUAUACUAAUUCAUUGAUUAUAAAGGGAGUAUUUGUUAGGCAGUCAGUCAGUUUGCACUGAACUACAUUAAAUGACAGGUUCAGCUAUUAUGAAGGGAGUGUUAUAGUUUUGUCAAGUUGUCUGUAUUUACUUACAUUGCA